CGAGAGGAUAGCAACGCACGCAUCGUAUACACUUUACCUUGGACCGUACAAUCACACGGAUAGUGUUUAGGCUCUUGUAUAUUGAUCAUCAUGAAGCUUCUCGCCUUCCUCAUUUUCCUGUGUGCUGUGUCUGGAAUUUCUCUGGCGUCCAUGGAUUUCUUUUUAGACCCUUCAGCAGGGAACAGGGAGCCAGAAACAUCGAACCAUCAUUAUUUCAUGGAAGAACCACAUGACACGACCGUUGCCGUGGGCAACACCGCGAUAUUCGAAUGCUCCAUUGGGAACAAGAAGGGAUUGGUUGCGUGGGUAAAGACUACGGGGCCGAAAGAUCGGACCAUACUGAGCUUGGACAACUCUAUCAUAGCAGAUAAUAAUCAAAUUCUGAUCGGAAGUCGAGUCGGAGGCAGGGACUAUGCUUUAAUAAUUACGCAUAUCACACACGAAGACGAGGGAUUCUAUACGUGUUUUGUGUCAGCUGGUGGAAGAGAUUCUCCCAUUAUCUCACAUAGCGCUUUGUUGACUGUUGUGUGAGGUUUUUGUCACGGUGUGAGGUAUAUGUUAGUUGCUAGGGGUAUAUAUUAGUUGCUAGGGGUGGUGUUAGACAAAAGGACGGGAACAGUCUGGCUCACGCGGUUCAAGGGGAGGGGGGUCAUCCGUUCCAGACCGUGAGGACGAUGAGAGGGAAUACAAUAUAGUACUAAUAAAGGCAAAAUCAUUGUAUAGUGUAAUGUACCACAUAUUCUUACGUUGCAAAAGCCAAGUCAGUUUGGAUAAUCUUAAACUAAAUCUGGGUAUGACUGAUCUCAACCUGUUACGAUUAGUUUACUUUACAUGACGCAUGUCAAUCACGUGACAGUGAUAUUAUUAUUUGCCAUGAUUUGAGUACUGAAUAUUUUUUUCUGUUAUUGUUAUACGUCUUGCUCUGUUUGCUUUAAGUUGAAUACUAUUUGUUGAUACUAGAUAUUGAAUACGUUUCAAUUGAUCGAUUUAUUGAUUGAUUGAUUCAAGAAUGUUUUUUGAAUAAUUUAUAAAUUAAACUGCAAUACAGGUUAAUUGUACUUAAGUUUUUAACUAAGUAUGGAAGCGGUAUUGUGUUAAAGGACUGGGCCAUUAUUUCUGUCGGGGUGUCUAGGAUACGUGAACAUUUAGAACUUGAAAAUGAGCUAUGGGAAUAUAGCAGAGAUAAUGUUCAUGCCUAAACAUAAAAUACAUCCAUUAACUUUUCUAGAAACUUUUCAUCUAGAAAGUAUUUCUUUAUUAUCUAUAAACACAUACAGUUAUAUUUGAUAACAUAGUUAACAAAUAAUAUUUCAAGAUUGAGGCGCACCUUCUAGAUACUUUUUUUUAAUUUAAAACCGAUAUUGUGCCCAGGCUGUGCAAAUUGGAGCUCUUCCGCUCGACAGUUCAACAUGUGCAGCUUGCAACAUUUUUUUCUUUUUGUGAUUUACUGAAAUAACAAUAUCAAAGGACACAUCUGGUAUAAUAUUGUAUCAAUAAGGAUCUGUCGUCAAACGGCUGGUGCAUGUUUAUCAACAUGGAGAGACGACUAGAGUGACUUGAUUUCUUGCAUUUACAGAACGUCAGCCAUAUUUAUAAAAAUCAUCGACAUGUUGUCCCUGACUAUCUUUGAGCUCGAGUCAGUGUGUGUUUUGUCUAGACACCACUUUAUUUCAGCUUAUUUAGUUAAAAAGACACACGGUGUCAAUAUACAGUUGUCGAGUUGCACUGGUGUUCACUGUAUGGGCCCUCGAGGAUGUUUUAUAAUGGUUAAUUAUAUAGGGCAUAGUUAGUGUGUGUGUUUUGCAUAAUCAUUAAUAAUGUAUGUUAAUACGUACUGGUAUCCACCAAUACAACAUGUAUGAAAUCAUGUCUCAAUAAAAUUUUCCUUUUAAAACAGAA